AUCGUGACCUUCAGAGAAUUUCAAGCAUCUGAAAAUACUACUUAGGUGUUCACACACGAUGAAAGUUAUCAAUAAAUUAAAUGUAUUGAAGAACGUUUACAGAGAGUAUCGUAUGGUAACUGCGAUAGAUGAUUGUGAGCCUUACGAAAAACUACUUAUUAAUACAUGCAUGAUGUUGAUAUUGUGCAGUCUGUUUUACAUGGCAUUUCUUUUAAUACCUGGAUAUGUGAUAAUACUGCAUCAGUUUUUGUUCGACUGUUUUAAAUAAGAACAAAAGUGGCUUUGGAAUAUAUUGUUGUGUUUUAUUUUUAGUAAUUUAUAUCCACACUAUUGUUAAGCUGAAUACAUCAGUAAGUUAUUUUUAUUAUUUUUUGAAUAUUUGCAUAAAUAUAAAACUUUCUAAAUCACUU